AUGUCCUGCCCACACAUCGCCUCUACCAGUCUCCGUCCCCCCACCCCAGCCCAGUCUGUGUACCGCGAAGACUGCACGCAAUGCUUUGACUCGAUCGACGACCCCGCGGGCCUCGACGUCUGUCUGCAAUGCUUCAACGGCGGCUGCGCCGGCGACCGGCACCACGCGAAGCUGCACAACCUCGUCUGGAGCCACCCUCUCGCUCUCAAUAUCCGGCGGACGCGCAAACAGAUCGUCCGCGAUGAGCCCCCGCCCAAGAUGUCCAAGCUGGCCAUCGCGGCCGAGACUGAGGCCGACCGCUACGACACCGCCGUCACCGUCAAGUGUCUCGACUGCGACAAGGAGCUCGACCGGACCGACGCCAAGCUUGCCCCCAUCGUCGACGGCAUUCUCUCGGCCAGCACGUUCUCGCGUAAGGAGGAGGUUAAGGCCUGGGAGCAGGAGCUGACGACGUGCGAGCACAUCCUCACGCUGCAGCAGACCGAAGCGCGCAAGAUCGCCUCGCAGGACCUCGGUCACUGUUCCCAGUGCGAGCUCAACGGGAACCUUUGGCUGUGCUUGCAGUGCGGAAACCUCGGCUGCGGCCGUGCGCAGUUUGGUGGCGUCGGUGGCAACUCGCACGGCCUGGCACACGCGACCGGCUCUGCCCAUGGCGUGGCCGUCAAGCUGGGCUCCAUCACACCCGAGGGUAGUGCCGACGUGUAUUGCUACGCCUGCGACGAGGAGCGCGUCGACGAGAACCUGGGCGAACACCUUGCCCACUGGGGCAUCAUCCUGGCCGAUCGCCAGAAGACGGAGAAAAGCCUGACGGAACUGCAGAUCGAGCAGAACAUGCGGUGGGAGUUCUCCAUGACGUCUGAAGACGGCAAGGAGCUGAAGCCGCUCUUUGGUCCCGGCCUGACUGGCCUCAAGAAUUUGGGCAACAGCUGCUACCUCGCCAGCAUCCUCCAGUGCCUCUUUGAUCUACCCUCGUUCCAGAAACGGUAUGGCGCAUUUGGGGAUGACCUGUCCAACAUUGCCGAUCCGGCCCAGGACCUGGAGACACAGCUGCGGAAGACGGGCGAUGGCCUGCUGUCUGGACGGUACGCGAAACCCGACUCAGAUGUGACCGCGUCCGAGAACACACCGGAACUCUCGUACCAAAAAGGACUGGCUCCGGCUAUGCUCAAGCACCUGAUAGGCCGUGGACACGAGGAAUUCUCGACCAUGCGGCAACAAGAUGCAUUCGAGCUGCUGCAACACCUGCUCAAGCUUAUCACACGCUCCAAGCAUCCAUCGGCUGUGGAGGACCCCACGCUGUCCUUCCGCUUCACUCUCGAGCAAAGACUGCAAUGCCUCAGCUGCAAGAAGGUGCGGUAUACGACAAAUGAGCAGGACAACAUCUUUAUUGAUAUUCCCCUGGAGAAGCAGGCGGCCACAGAUGCCGAUGGUGGAGAUGCUUUGGCUGAGGCCUACAAGCCUGUGACGCUGAAAGAGUGCAUAGACAGGUUCACUGGCGAAGAGGUCGUGGAGCUGACAUGUUCAGCGUGUGGAAGCAAGGAUGGAUAUACCAAGCGUUCGCUGUUCAAGACGCUGCCAGAAGUUUUUGUCGUCAACGCACGAAAGAUGGCCCUCAUCAACUGGGUGCCAGUGAAGGUCGACGUGCCGGUCAUUGUCGACGACGCGCCGUUUUUGCUGGACGAGUAUCUUUCCAAGGGACGGCAGCCGGAAGAGGAGUCCCUGCCAGAAGAUGCAGCGGCUUCAUCUGGCGGUGGGGCGCCAUCCUUUGUUGCGAAUGAAGAGGCCGUGGCCCAGCUCGAAGCGAUGGGUUUCCCGCGUGUGCGUUGCAACAAGGCGCUCCACGCAACUGGAAACAGCGACGCGAAUGCUGCCAUGGAGUGGCUCUUUUCGCACAUGGACGACGCCGACAUUGACGAGCCGCUCGUUCUGACCAGUGCGGGUUCCUCGGCUGCGACAGCCGACCCAGAGAAGAUGGAGAUGCUGAUGUCGAUGGGAUUUGCCGAAGCUCAGGCAAAGAGGGCGUUGCGCGAAACAAGCGGCGAUGUGGAGAGGGCGAUUGAAUGGGUGUUCAGCCAUCCGGAUGCAACUGCAGACGACGAGGCCGAAACCGAAGUGCCAGCUGAAAGUGGCGAGAAGGCCGUGGCUGGAUCCAGUGAGACGCCCGCAAAGUACCAGCUGCAGAGCAUCGUGUGCCACAAAGGAACAAGUAUUCACGCUGGGCACUACGUCGCGUUUAUCCGCAAGAAGCUGUCACAAAGCGAGGACAAGGUGUCCUGGGUGCUAUUCAACGACGAGAAGGUGGUGGAAGUUGUGGAUGUUGAAGAGAUGAAGAAGUUCGCCUACAUAUACUUUUUCAAGCGCGUGUAG